CCUAGACGACAGUGGACUCCGGGGCUGCGUGUCUGGCUCGCCCAGAAAGACCACAGCUGUACCGGAAUUCCGGCACCACCACCCAUACGGCGCCCGCGAUCCUUCCCGGCAACGGCAAGCCGGUCAAUCCUCUUUCCCUCCUCCGAGUACGCGCCGCGCGGUUUGUUUGCCUUCGUCAACACACACCGUGUGUGAGCGAGCGUGUGCUGUGACAGCUUGUAUCUGUCACCCGCACGGCAAAAAAACGCAGAGCCGAGGGCCGAAAAAGGAGAGAAAAUUCCUUCCGCCCCGCCCCCAAAUCACGCCGGGCAGUAUAAGAGCAGACCCCGCCGUUUGCGCCCCGCAUCCAAUCCAUCCGUCCAUCCAUCCUCACCGCCGACGACACCGCCGGAGAUAGCGGCCGAGCACUCCAUCUCGAGCCAGUGAGUGGCGGCGGAAGGGGGAGGCGAGAAGAGUAGUAGUAGUAGGAGGAGGAGGAGCUGUGGGCUGUGGCUGGAGGAGGCGGCUAGCAGCUAGCCAAUGCCGCAGGGGUAGGGAGGGGAUACAUGGGAGGAGGGAACGGCAUCGUCGACGGCUUCCGCCGCUUGUUCCACCGCCGCACGCCCUCCGGCUCCGUGCUCGGCAGCUCCAACCAGUCUUCCGCCGGCGAGGACUCCUCCGACGUCGAGGCCGUCGAGGACCUGGAUCUCGUGGGCCUCCGCCCCAUCCGCGUCCCCAAGCGCAAGAUGCCGCUCCCCGUCGAGAGCCACAAGAAGAACAUAAUGGAGAAAGAAUUCUUCACAGAGUAUGGAGAGGCGAGCCAGUACCAAAUCCAAGAAGUUGUUGGCAAGGGGAGUUAUGGAGUAGUUGCUGCUGCAAUAGAUACCCGCACCGGCGAGCGGGUUGCGAUUAAGAAGAUCAAUGACGUGUUUGAGCACGUCUCGGAUGCCACACGCAUCCUCCGCGAGGUCAAGCUCCUUCGGCUGCUACGUCAUCCAGACGUGGUAGAGAUCAAGCACAUAAUGCUCCCCCCUUCUCGGAGGGAGUUCCAAGAUAUAUAUGUUGUUUUCGAGCUGAUGGAGUCAGAUCUCCAUCAGGUCAUCAGAGCGAAUGAUGACCUCACAGCUGAGCAUUACCAGUUUUUCCUUUACCAGCUUCUCCGCGCUCUCAAGUACAUCCAUGGGGCUAAUGUAUUUCAUCGCGAUCUGAAGCCCAAGAAUAUACUGGCCAACGCAGACUGCAAACUGAAAAUUUGUGACUUUGGACUUGCGCGUGUAUCAUUUAAUGAUGCUCCUUCAGCUAUAUUUUGGACGGAUUAUGUAGCAACAAGGUGGUACAGGGCCCCUGAAUUAUGUGGCUCCUUUUUCUCGAAAUACACUCCUGCUAUUGAUAUUUGGAGUAUUGGAUGCAUAUUUGCCGAGCUUCUCACUGGACGGCCACUCUUUCCUGGGAAGAAUGUCGUACACCAGUUAGAUAUAAUAACAGAUCUUCUUGGAACUCCAUCAUCAGAAACCUUAUCUCGGAUUCGAAAUGAGAAGGCCAGGAGGUACUUAAGUUGCAUGCGAAAAAAACACCCUGUACCCUUGACUCAGAAAUUUCCUAAUGCUGAUCCAUUGGCGGUUCGCCUACUGGGUCGUUUACUUGCAUUUGAUCCUAAAGACCGUCCUUCAGCUGAAGAGGCUUUAGCAGACCCAUAUUUUGCAUCUCUUGCCAAUGUGGAGCGCGAGCCUUCAAGGCAUCCAAUUUCGAAACUUGAGUUUGAGUUUGAGAGACGAAAGGUGACAAAAGAUGAUGUUAGGGAAUUGAUUUAUCGAGAGAUUUUGGAGUACCAUCCACAGAUGCUGGAGGAAUACAUGAAAGGUGGAGACCAGAUUAGCUUCCUCUAUCCAAGUGGUGUUGACCGCUUUAAACGGCAGUUUGCACACCUGGAGGAGCAUUACAGCAAAGGAGAACGAGGUUCCCCGCUGCAAAGAAAGCAUGCCUCUUUACCAAGGCAGAGAGUAGGUGCGUCGAACGACGGUAAUAAUGAACAGCAUAUUAGUGAUCAGGAGAUGAGUGCAGAGCCUGAUGCCCAUGGCGCAGUGAGCCCUCAAAAGUCACAGGAUGCACCCAGUGUUGGCCCGAAUGGUCUGAGCCCAACUAGCUUAAGCUCGCGGACCUACCUCAAGAGCGCGAGCAUUAGUGCUUCCAAGUGUGUCGUUGUCAACCCGAAUAAACAGCCAGAGUAUGACGAUGCAAUCUCUGAGGAAACGGAAGGGGCCGUCGAUGGACUAUCCGAGAAGGUCUCCAAGAUGCACGCCUAGUGCAGGGACGCCGAUGAAAGUCGAGCUCGGCGCCGCAUUUCUGUCAGGUACGCCGGAUGCUGAUAGCAUAGCAGUGCACUCCUAAGGAAGCAGAGCGCUGCAAGUUGGAGAUUGGUUUAGCCGAGUGCAUGUUCCUGCCAAGCAUCGUUGCUGUACCCAGGAGCUGGCCCUGUCUGUCUUUGAUGUAUUUUUACAUUCAAGCUCACAACGUAACACUGCGAUUUGCUCUCUGUCAUCUAUGCCGGAUUGUAACGAACAGAGCAAUGCAUCUAAACACUGUCCUGUUUGUGUCGAACAUUCUUAAUCUUAAUAUAUCAAGAAGCGUUACUGCUCCGCGUCUACUCA